GUGAAACCGGAAGUGAUCUCCCCCGCCUGUUGUUUUGGGAGCCGUGGCCGCGGACAUUCCAAGAAACCGUAAGCGAUGGAUAGUUUUGAGGAACGGCUGGCUGAGGCGGUGAGAAAGUAUGAAAAUUUAUACGACACGUCUUUAAAGUCGUAUAAAGACCCGCAGGUGGCCAAUAAAUCAUGGAAAGAGGUGGCUCGGUCGUUGGACGCUGAGGAGACGGUCUGUAGGAAAAGAUGGAGAUACCUUCGCGAUAAAUUUGCGAAGGCCAAACGACGGGUGAUCGAGAAGAAGCGUCAGAAUCCUGGCGGGAAGAAGUCGGUGCCAGCACUCUUCGCCUCGUUGCAGUGGCUCGACAAACACAUCAAACCCCGCGAAACGACCACCAACAGCGUGGCUGUGUCACAAAAGGAGGAGGAAAUGGAUUCAGAGCCCGAGGAAGGCUUCGAGUUUGAAGCUGCGCUGGCUGCCCUGGACAGAAGGAGGACCGAGCAGGACGCUGCAAUAGAAGCCGGGCGACAGAGAAUGCUCGCCAUGCUGCAAACGAUGGACCCCGUUGACAGAUACCUUCUGCAUGUUGGGGAUUUCAUGCGAUCGCUGCCGCCAAAGCUGCUUUCUGACUUUAAAUGGAAGCUCCAGAACGUGAUGCAUGAGACGGAGCAGAGAGCUGCCCAGCUUGGGAACAGCGAUGCAGAACUAUAGAGACGCAUCAUCCGCAGUGACUUAAGAACUUUAUGACAUCCUGUCUUACCGUUUCGUUUGUUCAUCUCUGUCAAUGUUCCUAAUGCAGAUUUAAAUACAUUUCUCUUUUCAGAAACAUGGCGAGACACAAAUCUGAUAAUGGGGUUUUUGCAAAAACAAAAUCCGUAGAUUGUGUACAUUAAUUAAACAGCAAAAGCCGUCCGAUUAUCAGCACAUUUUAAAGGCACAGAUACAGUUACUUAUGACACAUUGGUAAUAUUUCUUAAAUGGGCUGCUGUGACAAAUUUACUGGCUUCACUACUAAAAAAAACAAUUUAACACUAACCUAGCCUGGUAAAAAAACGGACAGAAACUGCAUACACAAUGAAAAUUAAAUUCAAGUUAUUUCACUCUUUGGGAUUAGGUUCAUCCUCCCUGGCUAUUCCAGACACCCUCUGUGUAUUACAUCCUCUUUCCAUGGAACAAGAGUCAUUUCUUUGACAUAGGCUGCCCUAGAUGCUCGGUUCCUGACGGUAUCUUCCUGUGUCCCGGCGGUUGUCGUCUCCUUUCACUUGCCUUCUCCGCUCGCCAUGCUGCAGCUCUCCAGAAACAUUGGUUGACUCUGUAAAAUUUGGGGGAAUGUAUCUUGCAGCUGGAGAAUCAACAGCAUCUGUGUAGACCAAGUAGUUGUGGAGCGCAAAGCAAGCCUUAACCAUAUCCCCGACCUUAUCUGGAGAACAUCCUAUAGCCCGGUCAUGGAGCCCCAUCUUGCUGCUAAGAUGCCGAAUGCAUUUUCAAUUAAUCUUUGGGGCGCAGCUGUGAUUGGACAUCAGUUCCUUUGGUGCCAGAUUGUGAUCUUACAAACCAAUUAAACAGCAUGGACUGUUUCAGGGCUUGUUUUGUGGUCAUAAGAUCAGGCAUGGAUGAGACAUAGCUUGGAUUGUCAUACAUCUUCAUGGCAAGGUCCUGCUUUAUACUACUAAAUUAGUAACAUUUCAAAUAUAAAACAGGAGGAAAAAUGAAUAUAGCCGAUGUAGCAGUGUAGUUUGCUGACCAUAAAUUUAGUUUAUCAGAGUAACCAUUUGGAGCAAAAGAAUAACUGGACUAGUUUAUGGUUGUCCAAAUAAAUUUAACAUUUUAUUAUUGCCAUAAAUAAUGAUAUUAAUUUAUGCUGCUAUGCAUACCUCUCACAUGUCAGACUUUGAACCGCUCUGAGGUCUGACCUGUGGGAGGUAUGCAUAGCAGCAUGCAGCAGUAUGUGCCAAAGCAGUAGUUUUGGCAAUACACAAAUUUUAUGUUUGCAUAAACUUGUACUAUCCGUUACAGGAAACACAUUUUAAUAGCAAGGAUACACCAAGCAAUGUCUGAAUAGUAAUUAUCUAAAUGGGCUAUCAGUAACCUGUUAGUGUUAGCUUGUGCUAAAUCACAGAUCAUGUUCAUGCCGAGCAGCAAUACAAAACACACAAGGCACAUCAUGAAGUACUUACCUCUCUGUCAUCUGCAGCUUUACAACAAACAUGAGGAACAGAACUUUCCUUCAGUCAAAGUCUUUUGGCAAAUCCUGCCAUGUGCUGAGAUUCGGUAGCUAGGUUAGAGGCAGGAUUGCUUUUCGAUUGUGACAUAAUCGGGAGGUUUUGGAAAUGCCUUGUUUUCAAGGCACCAACAAAACAUUUAUUGUUGAAAAAUGUCUGGAUGAGGCUUUUUUUAAGCACAUGGAGUGUUUCUGGAAGCAAUAGAGACCUCGAUGUAAGUACAAAACUGUGCAAAAAUUUAAUUUUGAAUAAUAGGUCCCCUUUAAGGCCAGCCCAAUCACCUUGGUCAGCUCAGAAAUAACUGAAGACAUAGUCGUUAUUCCCAUUUUUGAAGCAAGCAAUCACAGUACUCUAGGAGCUCCCAGAUGAUAGAAGAGUGUGACCACUAAUCUCCUAGGUAGAGAUUGGCCUGCUGUGGGUGAUGGGGACAUGCUGGAUGUACGGUCCAUAUAGAUGAACAAUAUCAUCAGAACAACUGACUGACGUCCAGCAGUCAGAAAAAUGUCGUUCGACAACCGCCUCAUACAUCUGUCGGACUAAAACACUGUUCGUCCAAUUAAAACUUUGGUUUUAUUGGGUGGUUGUUGAACAUGUCACAGUCUGCAUUCACUCGUUUUCCCUAUUUCUUUAGCUAUCACAAAUAACAGCAUAACAAAUAACCUUCUCCGCUUCAAACAUUUUCAUGUCCUCCUCUUUCAUUGAUCCAAACAAAUGGCUCUAACGCCAUCGUGUUAUUGUUGUCUGUCCCGGAUGUAACAUAGCCACAGUGGAUGGGGCUUCGCAGGAGAACGGCAGCUGCAUUUUUUUAUGAAGCAUUGUUAUUCAGAGGCAAAACGAACAUUUUCUUGCUCUUGGCACCUCGAGAACAAAAACUAAUUUCUUGCUGAGCAAGCUUCACACUCAAGCUUUUCUGUGCGGAUACAGUAUUCAGCUCUGUGUGGAUGUAGCCCUAGAAAGAAGACGACUACACAAAGUGAUUGUUGGUACUGCUAGCCGACAUCCUGGUCUUACAACGGGUACACCAGAGGUCAUAAAUAAAAACAGUUAGAUUGCAAGGGUUCCCAGCCAUAGUGCAAUUUCAUGCCAUGUGGAUUCAAAUUUCAACAUCAACUCGAUUCAUUGUUUAGCUCUGUCGAUGUCUGCUUAUCCAACUGUCCUCAAGAGUUGUGCACGAAGAUGGUUUUCAGGACUGGAAUCAGAUCUGCCAAGUCUUAGUUAUAUACAACUAAAUUGUAAUUGAUAAACAAACGGAUAAAUCAAAGCCAUGCAUUGGUGUUCUAAUAUGAUACGUUACCCCUCUAUGAGAGACAGCAUUUAAAUCUCCACAUGUUCCUAAUAUGGACACAAGUCCAUCCAGUCUGCUCAAGAUCGUCUGUUUAGAGGAGUCACAGUGAGAGGAGGGAGUAGUGAAUUUAAAGGAGCACUUAGCUCAUGCUUUCCCAAACUUAUUUUGUGAUUAUUCUAUCGAGUAGAUUUAUUGUGCAGACUUUAAGCAUAGAGUCUUGUUUUAACAGAUAAAUUAGACCUAAUGGAAGACAUUUUUUUGUUUUCUGUCUUGGCUGGAUCUAGUUCUGAAAUGGCAACUUAAAAACAUAUGUCUAUUGUUGAUAUCUGAUAUUGUUGUCUAUUUAGGGAAGUAUUAUUUCAUAAAAAUGAUGACCUGCCCCUGUGUUUUCAGUGGAGUAUACAGUGCCUUGCACAAAUUUCAAUUUAUCUGGUUUAUCUAUCUUUAAAGUAGAAAGUAGUUGUUUUUUUCUCUUUUUUAACUGUAAUAUGAUUCUGUAUUCAGCCCCACUGAGUCUGCCUUGUGGGACCACCACAAUAAGAGCUCUAUGCGUCCUGAGUUAGGUUUCCACCAGUCAGGUUUGGAUGUCCAAACACUUAAAUGUUUGCUUUUUCUUCUUAGCAAAAUAGCUCAAAUUAAGUCUGGUUAGGAGAAUAACUCUGGAAAUGAUUCAAGUGUGACAGCGGAUCCCUAAUUGGAUUAAGGCUUUCAGUGUUGGUCUAAGAUUACACUACAUUUGUCUUUAUUUUUAUUACCACUUCUGGGAACUGCUUCAAGACAGUUGGAAAACCAUUUCAGGUGAGUACCUCAUAAAGCUAACCGAGAGAAGGUCAAGAGUGACCAAAACAAAGAGGGG